AGCCGCAAUACUACCGCCGCGCGACGGCCUUGCACGCGUCGUCCAGUGUUUGUUGCGGUUGACAGUGUGUUGCCGCGAUGGACGCAGUCAGAUUGUGCGUGUUAAUAGCGGUGUCCGCGUUGGCGGCCGCCGGUGUCCAGCGCGAAGAACACGACGCCGACGGGCCGCCGUGCUGCAAGACGGCCGGCAGCGAGUUGUCCAGGGCCAGUUGCCUGGGCGCGGUGGCCGCCGACGGGACCAUGUGUCGGUUCCACGAGAUCGUGCCGCUGAACGGACAACAGGCCCGGGCGACGGGCGGCUGCGAGAACAGUACGGCCGGUCCCGUGCUGGCCGUGCGCAAAUGCUGUCCGCCGGGCCAGUGGUACGACGCGACGCUGACGAUGUGCCAGCCGCUGCGGCCGUCCGCCGACGACGGUACCGAGUGGCCGUCGCUGGUGGACGCGUUGCUGCGGCUCGACAACGGCACGGCGGCCAGAGUCAACGAAACUUGGUCGGUCGGUUACAAUUACGGGCCGCCCAAGUGUAACGAUUCCGAAGUGGCCGUCGACUUGAGCGCGAUGGACCGUAUCGCGGACGACGGCCGGCUGUUCGCCGGCCGACCGGACGACCCUUGCGUGGACUUCCUCAAAGUGACCGAUCGGCCGCCCGGCAAACUGGUGGCACGCGCGUGCCUGCCUAGGAAACACCAUUGUCGGGUCAACACGUGCGUGAGGAAGUGCUGCCAGUACAACAAACGCAUCGCCAACGGAACUUGCAAGGCGACCGCGGACGUGCCUUCUUUUCGACCUCCGAUUUUUCGCCUGGACGGCAACGACUUGAUCCCGGCAAACGGCACCGUGUUGGCGUUGUACCGGUUGGCCUGCGACGAACGGUUCAAAAUCGACGGCCCGUUCGCUGUGCUCGCCGAAGACGGCGGCGGUCUGCUGGUGGUGAACAACAAGCGCAGGACAUAUUCGCCGGACUCGUAUUGCGUCGAGUACAACGCCGCCGGUGACCUCGGCUUCCAGUUGGAAGCGUACGUGUGCUACAACGGGCCGCGGGAGCUCGGCACCGAGGCGGACGUCAGGGGCAGCUCGAAGUACGUGCUGAGCUCGUUAGGAAUAGUCCCGUCGAUCGUCUGCAUGGUGAUCACUCUGCUCGUGUACGCCACCCUGUCCACCCUCCGCAACGUGCACGGCUUCUACGUGAUGUGCUACGUGGCGUGCCUGCUCACGUCCUACGUUUGUCUGUUGAUCAGCAGCUGGAUGACCGACCACCUGGACCCCGUACAAUGCACGGUACUGGGCUACGUCACUUUGUUCGCGUUCCUAGCGGCGUUCGGUUGGCUUAAUGUAAUUUGUUUUGAUAUCUACUGGGUUCUCAGGUACACGAAUUCGGUUCACAGGAAAACGUCCAUUUCCAAACGGACCAUAUUUUACAACUUGUACAGCUGGGGAUUCGCUUUGGCUUGCACGUGCUUCGCUUUGACCACACAAUACUACAAGGAUUACAUCAUUCCCGAGGAGUAUUCGCCCGACAUAGGCUUGGAUAGAUGUUGGUUUUCCAAUAAUUACCCAAACAGGGGUAUUGUGGUGUUUUUUUUGUUACCCUUGACAAUCAUGUUGUUGGCCAACGUGGUGUUAUUUUUGAUGACCGCCAUACACUGCGUCAGGAUAAAAUCGGAGCUCAACAAGUUCAAACGGUCCGACACGAAAACCAAGAAGUUCCAAGCCGAAAAAGAAAAGUUUGUGAUGAGCAUCAAAUUAUUUUUGGUCAUGGGCAUAUCGUGGAUAGCCGAGGUGUUGUCCCGGUCGUUCCCUCAGCUGAAUUCCAUUUGGGAGAUUAUGGACUCUGUCAACACCCUGCAGGGCGUGCUGAUAUUCUUCAUUUUCGUGGCCAAACGCAAAGUCCUGAACGACUUGAAAAAGAAACUGCACAAGACAUGCGACAGCUCCAAAGACUCGACCAAGGUGUACACGGUUUCGGGUUCGUCGCAGAGCGGUGGCAGCAGUGUAAAAACUAGCUUCAACAACUUUUAAAGCAGCUACGUACAAAGUUACCGCUGGAGAGAAAGCAAAUUUCCCUGUCGGCAUCAGAGUCUGGAUUUAGAGUACUGGAUUAUCAUUCCUUAGUUGGGGGGGGGGGGGUAGCAAAUAUUAUUGUAAUCAACCAUAACAUUUCGCACGAACACGACUUAUGGCAUAAUGCAAUUGACUGUUUUAUCAGCUGGUUCUCUUGCCAGAGUUAUCCAGAGAUUAUCGAUUUUCCAACAACACUAUCCCAUUCCCAUGAUAUUAUCCUAUCCCCAUGACUAUAACCUCGCAAAACCUUAAUAUGUAAAAACAUGUUGAUCGGUGUUACUGUUUGAGGCUAUUCCAAAAGACAAUUCGUAAUCGUUCCGUAACCGUUAAAUAUGUACAUAUAUUUUUUUGAAACAAAUACAAGACACGUUGCAAGUAGAGUUCAGGAUUGAUUUUUUAGAACAUUUUUUUUUAGGGACGACUGAAUGAUCACAAUCGUCUAGGUUCAUAAUCGAAGGAGUUGAUAACGUUUAUUUAGUUAUUCGAUGCUAACACAAAAAAAAAUAAGCCAAUUUAUAGUGUUUAUUAAAAAUUUAAAACGUCCUCUCAACGUUUCUUACAGUGAACCGGUUUCAGGCGUUGACCAUCAGCGGUGUUAAACUAUUCUAAAAAACUUCAGCUGUUAACUUAGCCAGUCCAAGUAAAUAACAAAACCAUAGGCCCCCGUCUUAAACAAAAAAUAAACUAACCGAGUUGGAAUAAAAUUGUUUGUGUCACUUUAUUGCACCAUGUCAGCAACUUGUAAAAAUUAAAUUCGUAUCUCAUUUAUUUAUAUUUCUUCGAACAUUGUGUGGAUAAUGUUUGCUUACUUCUUUUUUUUUUUUAAGUCUUGUAUUUUUUUAUAAUAAUUUUGUAUGCAUAUAAAAUAGCUUAACUUUAUUGUAUUUCUAACCAUUCCGCUUAUGAUUACUGUACACCGAUAGUGUUAAAUUAUAAAAUAACAUAUUGUAUACACAAUUACAUGCACUGUGCAACAUUAGUAUUAUUGUUAUACAGUUAUUAUAAAUCACAAGUUUGUUUUUUUUUUAUCAAAUUCACUCACUAUUAUUGGGUUCUAGUAACUACUAUUACUAUUUUUGUAUUUACCUACCUAUACAUAAUUUUUAUAUUUAUACUUAUAUAUCAAGUGCACGUUUGUUUAUGCACCAAAUUUUUAAAUUAUAUUUUAUCUUAUACUAUAUGUAUGUCGGUAGCUAGUCAUUAUUGAAAAUAAAUAUGUGUGUGUAUAAAAAAAAAAUGUAUUUUAAAUUAACUUCAGUCGAUUGAAGGGUUGCAUUAGUGGAACUCCAUAUAUUUUUAUAUUUUUACUAAGUUAAAAGUCCAAUGGAAGUUGUAUAAAAAAAAAACAGAUAAAUGAGGAAAUAAUCUCAUAAAUAACUAUUUGUAAAGAAAUUCUUUUAUGCCUCGCCCAAAAAAGGAAUAUUGAUUUUUCUUAUUGUUUAUUGGCAUACUAAAUAAAGUUUAUAUUAAGUGUCGCCGAAUAUUUUAAAGCUUCUUAUAUCAUAUAGUUUUGAUUUGUUAUACUGCAUAUAAACAAAAAAAAACCUAUUUGUUAGUUAUAAUGUGUAAGCUUUAUAAACUGAGAUAUAUUUACACAGGUUUUUACUAAGGGAUGAUGCCACAUUGUUAUGUUCCUACAUUAUAACAAAGCUUUUAUUAUUAUUACAUAUUAUAAUUAUGUAUU